CGCACAUGUCCGAUCCCCCUGCCCCGAUCCCCCAGCCCCGUGCCCUCCGCCUCUUGCCCAGGUACUGGGCCGGCCCCCAUAGCCUGCGCUAAAAUUGGGCUCCUCCGCCGUUCUCCGCUGUUGGUACCAUCCGGGCUGACUUUCUCCAUUUUUCUCCUCCUCGUUAAUCAAUUUGAUGUACGCGUCUGAAUAUUCGUUUCGUUUCUGCUUGUCACUUUUGUUGUUUUCGGGCACAGAGUUUGCCACGGUCGCCGAGGGCCCGGGUCGGAGUCGCACUCGCUGUUGUGCACGAGGGACGAGUUGCUGUUGCGGGGUUUGAUCGAGUCGCCGCCCACCAUGAAGAUCGCUUGUUUGCAGUUCGCUCCCCAGGUGGGAGAUGUCGACAACAACCUGAACCGCGCAGAUUCUGUCUUGUCGAAAGCGAACCCGGACGAAAUCGAUCUUCUUGUUCUGCCCGAGCUGGCUUUCUCUGGGUACAACUUUAAAUCUCUGCAGGACAUUGCUCCGUUUCUAGAGCAUUCCGGCUCCGGCAUCACGUCUCUUUGGGCUAGGACUAUCGCGCUCAAGUACAACUGUACCGUCACUGUUGGCUAUCCCGAGAAGGUCGACGUUUCCCCGAAAUGGCCCACCGGCCCCGAAUACUACAAUUCUGCCAUAGUGGUCAACGGGGACGGCGAGACGAUUGCGAACUACCGAAAGAAUUUCCUGUACUACACCGAUGAGACAUGGGCACUGGAAGGAGGUCGCGGUUUCUAUGAAGGAUUCAUCCCCGGACUCGGAAACACCUCGAUCGGAAUUUGCAUGGACAUCAAUCCGUACAGAUUUGAAGCCCCGUGGAAUGCUUUCGAGUUUGCCUGCCAUAUUCUAGAGAUGGAAUCCAAUCUAGUUAUUGUAUCCAUGGCUUGGAUGACCAGAGAGGAACCCCGAAACUUCACUCGCAUGCCCAACGAACCCGACAUGGAAACCUUGACCUAUUGGGUGACUCGCUUAGAGCCUCUCAUUCGCUCCGACAACCAAGAUGAGAUUAUUGUAGUUUUCUGCAAUCGCUCGGGAAACGAAGACGACGCCUUGUACGCCGGUACAAGUGCUGUUGUUGGUAUUCAUGAUGGCGAAGUCAAGGUCUACGGCCUCCUGGGGCGUGGGGAGAAGGAUCUGUUGGUAGUAGAUACCAACAACCCUCCAUAUGCGAAACUGGUAUACCGCCCAGAUGCAGAUGGACCCGGCAUGGAAGCUCCUGGGAUACUUCAGAAGGAAGGCGACCCAGACAACUCCGAAAACAAGCAACACUCAAGCAAUGUCAGCUCGAAACAGAAUUUCCUUCCUCCAUCUCCCCCACUGCCGGUACCAUCGCUCUCGAAACAACCGGCAGGUGAUUCACUUAGGCGACACCAUCCACCCGAUAUCACUAUUCCUCGGGAGCCAGACCUGGUGACAAGCAACUCAGCCCGAACCCCCGGAACUGAUAGUCUCAACAUUCCCACGCCAUCAGCUCCUAGCCCGACCCCCAUGGCUGUCCGCCCUCGACUGUUUAUUCCGGAAUCACCGCCGAUUCUUCCCCACCAGUAUCCCCCAGACCACCCUAUCAGUGCUGCGUCGUUGAGAUCUGAGAGAUCCAUCCAAUCUGUCAAAUCCUACACAUCCAUAGGGUCCACUCAGACAAUUCGCUCAAACCCAAGGCCACCUGAGGAGAGCACGCCCUAUCCAAGCACCGCCACACCCCUCAGUGGGUAUCCGUCAAACUUUUUCACAGAAGACAAAACGAUUUACGGUGGGGAUGUCACCUUCGAAGCUGGGCAAGGUGCAUUCGACCCGGACACUCCCUUUGAUGACAUGUCCCCGGUGUCCCCUCCCUGGUUUUGGCGGCCAAGUGAUAGUCGCACACAGACUCCACAUUCUGCUGAAACAUGGACUCCUGGGGCAUCCAUGUGGAGGAGACCUGAGCCGUUCCCGUGGCCAGCCAUUACAUCAAAUUCACGACCUCACAGUCGGAGCAGUUUCAAAAACCGCACAAAUGACAGCCUCACCCAGGACCUACAAAACCUCAACUCCAAAUCCCCGCAACCCAAUGAUUUAUCAAACCGGACAAACACCAACAAAACGACACAGUCGGAAUCAUCUGUAACUUCAAAGCGGACUGUGGAAGCAGAUGUGAAUGAGAGGUCAUUUGCGAGGCCUCCGUCUACAAAAUCACGAAAUGCUAGUCGCUCAGGGAUGGAUGAGAGAUCAAAUUCAGCCCUUGGCGACCGCGAUUCCAGCACGGCAAUUUCACAACAUCUUGAAGACAUUUCACGACGAGCGGAGUCGGUGAACAAGUUGCGUGACGAAGCCAUCAAUGGAUCCCCAUGUCCAGACCGGCCGCCGUCUCCAAAGUCAAGAAAUUGCAGUCGAGGCCGCCCCGAUGAGGACGCAGAGUCCCAGCAAGACCAUCAUUUAAUUCACAUUGCGGCAAGUCCUAGCCUUCUUAAGAGUGAGGGACGAAAUCCUUACCGACAAAUGCCACGAGCGAACCAUCACCAGCGUAGCAAUUCUUCAACAAAUGGAACUCGAGCCCCCAAUUUUGGCAACAAUGAGCGAUCUGGCACGCCAAAUUCCGUCAGCAACAUGGCUCGACCAGCUUCGCGUGCCGCUAGCCGUGGUCGAACGCCUGGACCCAAGGUGUCCUCUAUUAAUGGGAUAUCCGAUUCAGUUCUUUCGACUAUCGAGCGAGCCUCAUCUGUGGAUUCGACGCGAAACGAUCUACUGCACAGCCGAAUUCAGGGACAGCAGUCACAAAGUAGGCAGUUUCAAUCCCGGAUGACUUCAUCGACACGCAAUCCACGUCGACCAUCACAGGGAGGAGAUCCAGUCGAAUUCGAGAGAGUCGAGGCCAUCCUUUGUCCAAGUUGCCCUGUGCACGGCCGGCAUUCCUCCUCAGACCAUACUCGACCAAGUGAGGGACAUCUGACUCAGUCCCAGUCAUCUCCAAGGGCUGCUAGCACAAACAACGCGGUGACUGACACCGACCGCUUCCAAGAUGACGAUGCUCCAAGGCAUACGCAACAAGGCCAACCGGGAAGGGGCAACAGUCACGCCGAAAAACACACGGACAGUCACGCUAGUCUCCAGCCCGACCUCUUAUUGUCAAAUGAAGGAGCGGAGACGAGUGGCUACAGCUCCUCCGGGACUCUUCAAACGAUCUCAUCACCGGGUCGCUCACCCGCCACGCCGUUUUGCUUUGAACCUGCGACACCGAAGGCAAUGGUUCUCGAGACUGACGACACAGAUAUAGAGCCACUGCCUAACGGCCAGCUUGACAGCUACGAGAAGACACCUGUAACUCGGUGUGCCGAGUCGGAGCCUCUUUACACAUUUGACUUACCCGUUGGGUCUGUGAUGUCCUGACGGCGUAAAUCUGCAUUGUAGCGUUUGUGCUAACUGUUUCUCACUUCCAAUUUUUCUUUUUUAUAACAAGGUGUCCAAUGAUGAACAGGAUGUUUGAUAUGACCCUGCGGACAAGAAAAUGGGCAUUUUCAUGACGAUGGGCGUUCUUUUACUGCUUUCAAGAGUAGAUGGAAUUUACGAUACCAAUAUCGCUUGGUUUUUAUUUGGCGACUUCAGGCGAGGUGGAUGGAUGAUUUUGGUUUAUGUUAGGUUCUUGACUCGUUAUUUCCUGUUUCUUGAAGCACCUGCCUCCCUUUCGGGUUUCCAUUUGUUAUGGUAGUAAUGUGGUAGUUAGCUAGAGAGUUAGGUAGACAGUGAACAUGUCUUUAAAUAGAAUAAAUAUGUUUGCCAGAGGUUGAUGAACGACCGGC